AUGCCACCGCACCUGAGCCACCGCAAGUCCACCACCGGCUGCCUGAGAUGCAAAGGACGAAAGGUUAAGUGCGACGAGAAGCGGCCUCGGUGCAGUCAUUGCGCCCGACACAAUGUCCUAUGCGAAUGGCCUCCGCUAGAGACUCGCAUCUACAAACCUAAUCAAUUAAAGUCACCAAAGGGACCUUCCAGGAGACCAGCCCAGUCAAGUCCUCGUCCAGGACUCUUUUCUCCCGAGUUGGGUGCGCUGCAGGUUCUUGAACUACGUCUUAUGCAUCACUGGACAACAGCAACAGCAGAUACCAUGAGCUCCGCACAGCUAGCAUCCGUGAAAGAGAUGUGGAGUGUAUCUGUGCCCCAAAUGGCGUUUGAAUAUGAGCCACUUCUGCACACAUUACUCGCGCUCGGGGCAGCGCAUCGAUCGACACUAAUUCCCAAUGAGGCGAAGUCUUUGCGCUCAGUCUAUCAAGGGUAUAUCGAUUCGGCUCUCCAACGGCACAGACCAGUCACAUCCACCUUGGACGAGAACACAAGCGAGGCAGUAUGCCUCAAUGCAAUGUUAAUCUCACUUUACACUUUAUGGUUAAGGUCGGAGCCUUCGACAGAGCCCUAUGAGCCCCCGAUGAUGUGGCUUUCUAUGGCACAUGGAAUUCGAACCAUCAUGAAAAGCGUUUUCCAUCAGCUGAUUCGAAACAAUUCUCGGCUAUGUCCCCUACUUUUUGCACAGCCCACCCUUUGGGAUAAAAAGGAACCGAUCCGUGCAUAUGAGGGGCCUUUGAGACCAUUCCAUUUCCUUCUCGAAUAUCGUGCCGAGGAAGAGGUUAUGCAUGAUAAAGAUGUGGAGGCAUAUACCGUAGCCGUUGAACACCUCGAGCGCCUAUACAUCGCGAUUGAAACAAGUGAGCCGGCGUUCAUGAUUCGCAAAAUAUUUGUCGGGUUUCCACCGGUAGUAUCUCGAGACUUCAUUCAGCUGGUUUCUGAGAAGCGACCUCGCGCUCUCGCAAUUUUAGGCCGACUGUUUGCCAUGGGCAAGACAGUAGAGAAUAUCUGGUGGCUUGAUGGAAUUCCUGAGAAGGAGGUCAUUGGUAUCAACAGCAUCAUGCCUAUUCCAUGGAAGUGGACAAUGGAUUGGCCUCUUAACCUCAUCUCAAAGAAGUCACCUAUCAACCAUGCUUCCCCUGUCGCCGGUAAGACGGCAAUGACUACUUUCUUUUGA